UAUUUUUUUUCUUUUGCAGAAGCCGGGUGUAAGGAGAAAUGGGGGAACCUAAGAAGCAAUUUCAUGAGGGAAAAAAGAAAAAUCAGUGCAAAACCAUCUGGAUCAGCUAAUACCCAAGCAAGGAAGUGGGUAUACUAUGAUGCCAUGACAUUUAUAAUCCCUCAUGUAACUCCACGAGCAUCAUCCUCAAACGUCCGAACACCUCCUCAUCAAGACACCUAUCAUGACACUGAAGAUGAACCUCAGAAUCAUUCACCUUGUUCUGUCGUAGAAGCAUCAGGCAAUGCUACUCCUGAUGAAGCUGCAAGUAACAUCGAAAUUUGUGAGAAUAGCAGUACUGUCAAGCCUAUGCUUCCAAUAUUAAAGAAGCCUACUGCCACAAAAAAACUCAAGAAGGAGACUGAAGAGGAGAUGGAUAUGCGGUUCCUAAACGAACUAAAAUUACUGAGGGAACAAACGUUGCCACAAGAUAAUAAUGAUUCAGAUCGCCAUUUUCUGUUAAGUCUACUUCCCAUGGUGAAGCAACUGUCGCCAAUGGACAACUUAGAUUUUAGAAUUGAAAUGCAGGAAUCUCUCCGUAGGAAGAUUUAUAAACCUGAAUCCUCUGUCCAGUAUGGCUACUGGACUCAGCAAAAUCAGUUGCAUACACCAACACCAUCACCCUCACCAGGUACAUCCAGUGGAAGUGACACUAACAAUACUUAUUUUCGCCUCUGAGAAGCAACUUAGGAAUUAAUUAUUUUGUGCAAGAUCUUAGGAAUUAAUUAUUUUGUGCAAAGGUCUUAGGAAUUAAUUAUUUUGUGCAAGGUCUUAGGAAUUAAUUAUUUUGUGCACAGGUCUUAUGAGUUUUAUCACUUUCCAGCAGAAAACACUGCUAUCUUCAUAUUUAGCCAAUAGCCUAGUUAGUUUACUAUUGUUCUACUUGUAAAAAUUAGUGUAAUGUACAAUAAAAUAGUUCCUACCUUAAAAAGAUUGCCAUUCUUUCUUCUACUCCAAGAGCACGUCUGUAGUUAGUGUUGAGUUUUCUAAUGAAAGGUCCAGCUAGGUCUAUUAACUUCUUGAAGUUCUCCUGUGUCAUCCUGAAGAAAUCAUAGAAUUUUUCUGGAUGGUCAAUCAGGUCCGGGAACAAAUGACUGAAACUCCCAAAAUCUGGCCUCUUGGUGUUCAGUGGAUGUACCCAGAGUCGAGUUCUCUUU